GGUUGUCAGGACAAAGUCGACGUUGCUUCCUGCUUUCCGUAGUUUGAGCCGGCUACGUUGGCAACAUGGCGUCCUCAGAUGUCCACGUCCGAGUAUGUGAACAAGAAAUACUCAAAUAUGACCUGGAAAUCAAAGCUCUCAUCCAGGACAUUAAUGAGUGCACAGGCCCUCAAAGCAAGCUGACAGAACUGAACACAAAUGUGAAAAAGAGUUUCCACAAUCUCAGGUUGCGGAUUCAGGAUUUUGAGCAGAUGGCUAUGGAGCAGGACAAAGAGUCAGACAAACAAGCUUUGAUCAGUCAGGUGCAGGGACACAGAAAGCAGAUGUUGAGCAACCAGACAGGUUGGAGGAAAGCCAACCUGGCCAGCAAACUGUCCGUCGACAAUAUGGAGAAGCAGGCCCUUCUGAAUGGAGCAGAUAUCGCUGUGAGGCAGAGGAAGAUGACCAAAGAGGGCUUGGCUCAGACAACCAGCGACAUCACAGAGAACCUUAUGAGCAUCAGCCGAAUGAUGGCGCAGCGGGUUCAGCAGAGCGAGGAGACCAUGACGUCACUAGCCACCUCCUCGAGGACCAUCCAAGAGACCAAUGAUGAAUUUAAGACCAUGACGGGGACCAUCCAGCUCGGGAGGAAACUCAUCACCAAAUACAACCGUAGAGAACUCACCGAUAAACUGCUCAUCUUCUUGGCGAUCGCCCUCUUCCUCGCCACAGUUCUCUACAUCCUAAAGAAGAGACUGUUCCCCUUCCUGUAGACCAGGUACCUUUUUUGAAGAGCUCUCCCAUUACCGUUUUCCCCCCCCCUGUGUUUAGUGCAAAUGAUGUAAACAAAUCGGACUGCUGUGUGUAAUAUUACACACAUUACACACAAGUGUCUGCUCGGUGGAAUGUGGACCGCUCCCUCUGCUCAACUGUGACGCUGCUCAGGGGGAAACGUUGUCCACACAAGACGCGCCUCCAGGUCCCUGCGGUGUUUAGUUCGUUGAAAAGGUUUUGGUUCUUCAUACAAAGGAAGUAAGAAGAUGCACGUGUUGGUGGCACAGUGCCAAGUGCCAGACGUCUGUCUUUUAUUUGGUUAGUGUGGUGGAAAUGCUGUGCAUUGCUGUAAGGAAAUCGCUUAUGAGAGGAGCUGGACAGUCCUGUAGAAGAUAUCCAGUACGUUUUUAUAAAUGUAUUCCAUAUCAAAGACUUAACAGGUUGCUAUGACUGCAGAUAUUGUGCGUAGGGCAGUACAACUCAUCUUUACGUAUGGUACACAAUAGGUUAAGAAAAUAAUUAUGUAAACACAAUUUCGUUCAAAUCUGAUCAUCACAAAACAAAUUUAUGUUUCCGUUCAGCAAUCUUUAAUUGGCAGGCAUGCCAUUAAAACCGUGUUGUAUAGUACUCAGUACUUUUACUAUUAAUCAAUAGAAGUAUUAAAUAUCACCUGAUUUCAUGAAGUCCCUGUGAAAAAGAUGUACACGCAUUUCAUUACAUUUAUUAAGGAUAUACUGUAUAAUUACUGAGGUAUAGUUUAUUACAGCAUUAUACUGACCUUAGUGCUUUUUCUAUGGAAAUAUAAUAUUAUGAUGCCUUUUUUUAACUUUGAUAGAAACCCAUCUGCAGUCGCUCAGUUUGCGUUUCACUAGCUGGAUACGUUUUCCCAACCAUCAUAGGGCCUAGGCGCCGAGUGGUUAAAGUCAAUAUGAGCUCCACAAACUAACUACAUGACCUUUCUCAGAUCUAAUGAUUGUAGUUGGUCCCCAUGGACUUCUUCAGGCCUGCAACUAACAAUCAUCUUAAUUGUUGAUUACUUUCUAGACCAAGCGAUUUAAGUUUUUGGUCUCUAAAAUGUCAGAUAAUGUGGAUCAGUGUUUUCUAAAGCUAAAGAUGAGACAUCCUCAUAAGUCUUGUACAAAGUUGUUUAGUGUUCUGUCACAGAGCCGUGGGGAAACUAGAAAAUACUCACAUAUAUGAAGCUGGAAUCAGAGAAUUGCGACUGUCUUUCAUAAAAAAUUACUUAAAGAAUUAAUCAAUUAUCAAAAUAGUUGGCAGUUGAUUUAACAGUUGAGAACUAACCAGUUAAUAUUUGCAGCUCUAGGCUUCUUUAGCAAGUUUUGUCUUGAAACUUUUUGUUAUUUAUUUUUUAUAUGCUCUAGAUUUUCAAGUGCUUUGGACACAGAUAUGCUAAAAAUAAUGGUCCACAAUG